CGCCGCUUUACGCCGCGCCCCGCCGCCCCCUCCUCUCCCGGUAGGGCCGCGGCCGGCGAGCGGUGGGGCCCGCCUCCGCCAUGGUGCUGGAGUCGGUGGUGGCGGAUUUGCUGAACCGCUUCUUGGGCGACUAUGUGGAGAACCUGAACAAGUCUCAGCUCAAGCUGGGCAUAUGGGGGGGUAAUGUGGCACUUGACAAUUUACAGAUAAAGGAGAAUGCAUUAAGUGAACUGGAUGUACCUUUUAGAAUAAAAGUUGGUCAGAUAGAUAAACUUACCCUGAAGAUUCCUUGGAAGAAUCUCUAUGGCGAGGCAGUUGUUGCAACUCUAGAAGGCUUGUAUCUUCUAAUAGUUCCUGGAGCAAGCAUUAAAUAUGAUGCAGAGAAGGAAGAAAAAUACUUUCAGGAUAAUAAGCAAAAGGAACUGGCAAGAAUUGAGGAAGCCUUGCAGAAAGCGGCAGAAAAAGGCACUCAUUCACAAGAUUCCUUGUAUGGGUUGGAGAGUCUAAUUUACAAGGACAUUAAGCCUGGACGUAAGCGUAAAAAGUAUAAAAAGCAUUUUAAGAGACCCUUUAAAGGUCAUGGUCACUCAAAAGACAAACCAAAGGAGGAGAAGAAAGAUACUUUCUUGGAAAAGCUUGCAACUCAAGUUAUAAAAAAUGUGCAAGUCAAAAUCACAGGCAUUCAUGUUAGAUAUGAAGAUGAUAUCACAGAUCCACAGUGUCCAAUUUCCUUGGGAAUGACGUUGAGCGAGCUUAGCCUACUGACGACAAACGAGAACUGGACACCUUCUAUUCUGAAUGAAGCUGCAAAAAUAAUAUACAAGCUUUUGUGCCUGGACAGCCUCAGUGCUUAUUGGAACAUACACAGCAAAAUGUAUUAUCAUGGCUCCCGUGAACAAAUACUGGAUCAGCUGAAAAGAGGAAUUCCAUGUAGUGGUAACAAGCCUCGAGACUACGAGUACAUUUUUAGACCAGUAUCAGCCUCUGCAAGACUGUAUAUCAACCCAUAUGCAGAAGUAGAACUAAAAACUCCCAAGAUUGAUUGUAAUGUGGAAGUACAGAGAAUUGUCAUUGAAUUCACUAAGCCACAGUACCUCAGCGUGAUAGACCUUCUGGAGUCCAUAGAUUACAUGGUUCGCAAUACACCAUACAGAAGAUUUAGGCCAAAUGUACCUCUCCAUAAAAAUGCUAGACAAUGGUGGAAAUACGCAGGUAACAGUGUUCUUGAAGUUCACAUUAAAAGACAUACUCAAAUGUGGUCAUGGAGUAACAUAAAACAGCAUAGGCAGCUUCUGAAGAGUUACAAAAAUAUGUACAAGAACAAGCUGACACAAAGUAAACUGUCAGAAGAAACACAGAAGCAAAUUCAGGACCUGGAAAGAAAGCUUGAUGUUUUCAAUAUAGUCCUAGCAAGACAACAAGCACAAGUUGAGACAAUAAGAUCAGGACAAAAACUACUGAAGAAGAAAACCACUGAAGCAGAAAAAAAAAGCGGAGGAUGGUUUAGUGGUUUCUGGGGUAAAAGAGAAUCUAGGAAAAAGGAAGAUGAAGAAUCACUAGUUCCUGAAACGAUUGAUGAAAUAAUGACACCAGAAGAGAAAGCUAAGCUUUUUACUGCUAUUGGAUAUAGUGACAGCUCCCAUCACCUUUCCUUACCAAAGCAGUAUGUUGCCCAUGUUGUGACACUGAAGCUGUUAAGCACUUCUCUUAUAAUUAAAGAAGACAGAAAUGUGGCAGAAACUCUUAAAGUACAGAUAAUUGAUCUGAGUACCAAAAUAUCACAGCGCCCAGGAGCACAAGCCAUUAAGGUUGAAGCAAAGCUUGAAAACUGGUAUGUUACAGGCCUGAGACAAGAAAACAUUGUACCAUCUCUUGUGGCUUCCAUAGGGGAUAGCAAGUCUUCUCUACUUCAGAUAGAGUUUAACAUUAACCCAGAGGAUAGUACUGCUGACCAGAGUCUUGCUAUUGAAUCACAGCCUGUGGAAAUAAAAUAUGAUGCAAGAACAAUAAAUGCGAUGGUAGAAUUCUUUCAGACAAGUAAGGGAAUGGAUCUUGAAAGAUUAACAUCAGCCACAUUAAUGAAGCUUGAAGAAAUCAAGGAAAGAACUGCUACAGGAUUAGUUCAUAUUAUUGAGAUGCGGAAAGUCCUUGACUUGAAGAUUAAUCUGAAACCUUCCUACCUUGUGGUUCCACAGACGGGUUUUUACCAUGAAAAAUCAGAUUUACUGAUUUUGGACUUUGGUACAUUUCAGCUGAACAGCAUAAAUCAAGGCAGUGGUCAAGCUUCUAGCUUUUCAUCUUUAGAGGAGAUUAUGGACAAAGCUUAUGACAAGUUUGAUGUGGAAAUAAAAAAUGUGCAACUUCUUUUUGGAAGAGCAGGUGAAGACUGGAAGAAGGCUCGUUUUCAACAUCCAUCAACUUUGCACGUAUUACAGCCUAUGGAUAUUCAUGUACAGUUGGCAAAAUCGAUGGUGGAGAGAGAUACCAGGAUGGCAAAGUUUAAAGUGUCAGGAGGACUUCCUUUGGUGCACGUCAGACUUUCUGACCAGAAAAUCAAGGCAAUUUUUGAUCUGAUUGAUAGCAUUCCAUUGCCUCAGAAGUCAUCUGUGUCAAUUCCAAGCACAAAGGUACAAGCUAUUCCCACAAUUCCUGUUGUUAGUAAAGGAUUACUUAAUACACCCCAGUUGUUAGCAGAAAUAGUGUCAGACUCUGAAGAGGAAUAUUUUGAUUUUGAGGAAAGUUCUGAACCAACUGACAGGUCACUUGUUAAAGGAGAAGAAAUAACAAAUAAGGAACUUGCUAAAGAGGAACUGACAGAUCUUCAGUUGAAGUUUGAAAUUAAAGAGGUUUUGGUAGAACUCACCAGGCAAAAGAAGUCUGAGGAAACGAUACUUGUAUUUGAUGUGAUGCAUCUUGGGACAGAAGCUACUGUCAGAACCUAUAAUUUAGCAGCAGUGUCUUAUUUAAAGAAAAUAAGCUUGGAUUACUAUGAAAUUGGAGGUAAAAAAGCACCCAUUCAUCUAAUUAGUUCCUCAGAUAAACCUGGCUUAGACCUUCUGAAGGUGGAAUAUACCAAGGCUGACAGAAAUGGGCCACACUUUCAGACAAAUUUUGACAACACUGAACAGAUGAUUCAAGUAGCUUUUUCAUCAUUGAACCUUCUACUGCAUACAGAGGCCCUUAUGUCUGCUGUCAGUUUUCUAACAGCUAUUAGUCCAUCAGGCAGUGAAAGUAGUGGAGAGACACCAACUAAAGAUGAAAAGCAAGAAGAUGACACUAGAUUGAAGAAAGUGGCUAGACCUUCCAAGGAUAAGGACGUCUUUGACUUCAAGCUUUUUGCCAAGCUGGAUGCCUUCUGUUUAAAUAUUUGUGAUGAAAAAAAGAACAUUGCAGAGAUCAAGAUACAAGGUCUUGACUCAUCUCUUCUCCUUCAGCGAAGUCACACUGUAUUCUUUGCCCGACUUAAAGACAUAGUUGUCACAGAUGUUGAUUCAAGGACCCUUCACAAAAAAGCUGUGUCUAUAGUAGGAGAUGAAGUUUUCAGUUUCAAUCUGACAUUAGAUCCAUAUGCUACUGAGGGGGAAGCCUACACUGACAUGUCAAAAGUGGAUGGUACCGUGUCUUUGAAAGUAGGCUGUAUUCAAAUAGUAUACCUUCACAAAUUUCUCAUGUCUCUUCUGACUUUCCUGAACAACUUUCAGACAGCUAAGGAGGCACUGAGUGCUGCUACAGUCCAAGCUGCAGAAAAGGCUGCUACCAGUGUAAAAGAUCUGGCUCAAAGGAGUUUUCGACUUGCAAUGGACAUUCACUUGAAAGCACCAGUUAUUGUCAUUCCUCAGUCCUCGGUUUCCCCCAACGCUAUAGUAAUAGAUCUUGGCUUGAUUAAGGUUCAGAACCAGUUUAGUUUGGUGUCUCUGGAAGGCAGUUCGCUCCCUCCAGUCAUUGACAAAAUGGAUGUGCAGCUGACAAAGCUGAAACUGUCUAGGACCACUAUGGAGACAGGUUUGCCGCAUCCAGACAUUCAGAUACUUCAUCCUAUUAAUUUAAGCCUGUCUGUGAAACGAAAUCUAUCUGCAGCUUGGUUUCACAAAUUACCAGUAUUGGAGAUCACGGGGUAUCUGGAUACGAUGAAUGUUGUGUUAAGUCAAGAGGAUUUGAGUGUCUUUCUCAAAGUGUUGACGGAAAACCUUGGUGAAGCAGAAGAAAAACAAACUCACGCAAAAUCAGCACUGCAAAAGGAAGGUAAAAUCAAAGAAAUGGAGAAAUCAUUUUUGACACAGGAUAAGAGUGUUCCAGAAGGAAUGCCGUCUGAGAAGGGAAAAGGAACAUUAAAUGAAGAUGUAAUCAAUAUACUACUUAACUUUGAAAUCAAAGAGGUUGUAAUAACCUUGAUGAAGCAGGUUCAGAAGGAGAGAUAUCCAUUACAUAUUCUAACUGUGCUACAGCUUGGAACUGAAACCAAAAUUAGAAAUCAUGAAUUGACUGCAGCAGCAUAUCUGAAAAAAAUUAUUAUGAGAUGCACUGAAAUAAGUGACUCAAAAGGAGAUCCUCUUUGCAUUAUUAAUUCUUCAAGUGAAACAGAUGACCAUCUUCUGAAAAUGGAAUACAUCAAGGCUGAUGCUGAUGGACCAGAUUUUGUUACUACUUACAAAAGCACCAAGCAAAACGUCAAUGUCAUCUUUUCAUGUUUGGAUAUAGUACUUCACACAGAGGCUUUGCUUUCCAUCAUGAGUUUUCUCACAUUCAGUGUUCCAUCAGGUGGUCUUCCUAGUACUGAUAAAGCAUCAGACCAAAAGCCUCAAAUAAAAGAACAAGAAAAAGGAAGUACUCUUAGACCAGUGUCUAGUAAUGCAGCCCAUGAUGAUAUCUAUGAAUUAAAGCUCACUGCAAAGCUAAAUGCAUUCAAUAUUGCAGUCUGUGAUCAGACCUGUAGCAUUGCAGACAUUAGAAUACAAGGAAUGGAUGCAUCCGUAGCUAUGAAAACUAAAAAGAUUAAAGUGUUCUCCAGACUUGAGGACAUUGUAAUUACAAAUGUUGAUCCAAAAACAAUCCAUAAAAAGGCUGUCUCCAUAAUGGGAGAUGAAGUGUUUAGAUUUCACAUGGCACUUUAUCCAGAUGCUACUGCAGGGGAAGCCUACACUGAUAUGUCAAGGGUGGACGGUAAAAUGUCUCUGAAAGUGGGCUGCAUCCAAAUAAUUUACCUACAUACAUUCUUUAUGUCUCUCUUGAACUUCCUAAACAAUUUCCAAACGGCACAAGAAGCCCUGACUGCAGUCACUGUCCAGGCAGCAGAAAUGGCUGCUUCCAGCAUGAAAGACUUUGCUAAAAAGAGCUUCCGCCUCUUAAUGGAUGUCAACUUGAAAGCUCCAGUUAUAGUUGUUCCUGAAUCUUCAACUUCAAAUAAUGCUUUGGUAGCUGAUCUUGGCUUAAUCAGAGUUCAGAAUGAAUUCAAGCUGGUGUCUUCAGAUGAAUCUUCUCUUCCUCCAGUCAUUGACAACAUGGAUGUGCAGCUAACUCAUUUGAAAUUAUCAAGGUGCAUUAUAUCCACAGAUUCUCAACCAGAUUCUGAAAUUCUGCGUCCUGUCAGUUUGACUUUACUGGUCCAGAGAAACUUAGCAGCAACUUGGUAUCAUAAAACCCCAACAAUUGGUAUCAAAGGAGACCUAAAACCAAUGCAGAUUGCACUCAGUGAAGAUGAUCUAAAUGUUGUUAUGAAAAUUUUACUUGAAAACCUUGGAGCGGCUUCUUCCCAGCCAAAUGCUGUGCAGGAGAACAUUGAAGAUACGCAGAUACUUAAAAAAGGGAAAGUUCCGAAUGAAUCUGAUCUCUGUGAGGGUCCUCUUCUUGCAUUUGGAGAAAAAAAUGUUUCUACACCUCAGUCUUCUGUGGAAUGUUAUACAACGCUUAAAUUUGACUUUAAUUUUGAGUCACUUUCAGUAACUCUCUACAAUAGUGAUACGAAUCAGAAGCAUCUGAUUUCACUGCAUAGUAACAAAUUACGCCUUGGUGAGCUCCGACUGCAUCUCAUGGCAUCAUCAGUGAAGAUGUUUUCAGAUGGCUCAAUGGAUAUCAAUGUUAAACUCAAGGCAUGUACCCUGGAUGAUCUCAGAGAAGGAAUUCAGAAUGUGACUGCAAGAAUGAUAGACAAGAAAGAUGACACAAAUGAUAGUUCUAUGAUAGAUAUAAGCUACAAGCAGGAUAAAAAUGGAAUUGAAGUCAUUGCUGUCCUUGACAAGUUGUACGUAUGUGCCAGUAUGGAGUUUUUGUUGACAGUAGCAGACUUUUUCAUUAAGUCAAUGCCGGCAUCCUCAGCUGGAAGAUCUGCACAGUUCCAAUUAAAGCAUGGUGCUUCUGGAAAAUCCAAGCCAGAAACAGAAAUAUCUGUACGUCCAAAUAUGACAGUAAAAGCUGUGAUCAUGGAUCCAGAAAUUGUGUUUGUUGCUAAUUUGACCAAUGCUGACGCCCCUGCCUUAAAAGUUUCCUUCCAAUGUGACUUUUCUCUGACAUCUGGAAAGCUUGCACAAAGGAUGACCGCUCAAGUGAAGGGUUUCAAAGUGUUGGCCUGUGCCUUUCUCAAAGAAAAACAGGACAAGAGUGUUACUACGGUGUUACGGCCAUGUUCUUUAGUCAUGGAAAAUAUGAUGCAUGCCUCGGGGUUACAAACUGUGGUAGUAACAAUAGAAGAACUUACUAUAAAGAUCUCACCAAUAAUUCUGAAUACUGUGGUGACUAUUAUGGCUGCCAUAAAACCCAAAACAACAGAGGAGGAUUCUAGAGGACCAAUUGAAGUUUCUGAGAAUUUGUGGCAAGUGAAGCCUAUAGAUGAGUGCAGUGCUUGGUUUCUUGGUGUUGAUGUAGCCACGGAAGCAACAGAAACUUUUAAGGACCGUGAACAUAUUCUGAAACAAGAGAAAUUUGACGUAGUAGUGAAAUCCGUACAGAUCACAUUGGAAUGUGGUCUGGGACAUCGAACUGUCCCUUUAUUGUUAGUAGAAUCUGUGUUUUCAGGUGUCCUUAAAAACUGGUCCUCGCUGAUGGAGGUCUCUGCUGAUAUGUCACUGGAGAUUCAUUAUUACAAUGAAACCUAUGCAGUGUGGGAGCCGCUUAUUGAACGAGUUGAAGGAGGAAAGAAGCAAUGGAGUUUAAAGCUGGAAAUGAAGACUAACCCAGUUCAAGAGAGAAGUUUGAUGCCUGGAGAUGAUUUCAUUGUUCUUCCUGAGCCACAAACUGCAGUUAACAUCUCUUCGAAGGAUACAAUGAAUAUAACAAUAUCCAAAUGCUGUCUUGCUGUUUUCAGUAAUUUAGCCAAGGCAUUUUCAGAAGGGACUGCAUCCACAUUUGACUAUUCCUUCAAAGAGACAGCACCUUUCAUCGUGAAAAAUGCCCUAGGUGUUCCUCUCAAAGUGCUUCCUAGCUCCAAUUUUCGGAUAGUUGGUUCAGUUGAAAAAGAAAAUAUGAAUGAUGUAGAAAUUGGUCAGAACAUGGAACUGGAAUAUUCUGUUUUUGAAACACCCCAACGAGGAAAGUUGUCUGCAUUGCACCGGCAAGAAAGCUCUGUCUUCUCUUUAAAUUUAGAACUUCAAGGAUAUAAGGAAGUGGUAAACGUUCCCAUAGCCAAACCAGGUCGACGACUGUACAACAUAAGAAACGUUCUUGGUGAUCGUUCAGACUCGAUCAUUGUACAGAUAGAUGCUACAGAAGGAAAUAAGGUUAUUACUCUACGAUCUCCUCUGCAGAUCAAGAACCAUUUCUCAAUCCCAUUUAUAAUCUAUAAACUGGCUAGAGACUGCAAGUCGCUGGAGCCAAUUGGUAUAUCCAAACCAGAACAGGAAUUUCAUGUUCCUUUGCAUUCAUACAGGUGUCAUCUAUAUAUUCGACCAACAGGAAUGUUAGAGGGUCAGUUUAAGGAGUCCACAACUUACAUUGCCUGGAGGGAAGAGCUACAUAGGAGCAAUGAAGUAAAGUGCUUGUUACAGUGCCCAGCCAUCGAAACAAAUUUCUUGCCUCUAAUAAUCAGCUCAACAGCUGUACCUGAUGAACUAAAUUUUAUUUCAACUUACGGAGAGGAGUGGGAUCCUGCCUACAUUAUCCACCUUUACCCUACACUGACUGUGAGGAACCUUUUACCGUACUCCUUGAGAUAUUUACUUGAGGGAACAGCAGAAGCCCGUGAAUUGACAGAAGGGAGUGCAGCAGAUGUUUUUCAUUCAAGAAUCAAUGGAGAAAUAAUGGAGCUUGUGUUGAUAAAAUACCAAGGCAAAGACUGGAAUGGGCAUCUUAAAAUUCGUGAUGGGAUGCCUGAAUUUUUUUCUGUGUCUUUCACGUGCCAUUCUGCAGCAGUGAUGACAGUGGAUAUUUACAUACAUACUAGGCGAAUUGGAAGUCGUAUGAUCUUGUCUGUGUUCAGUCCUUAUUGGAUAAUCAACAAGACUUCCCGUAUUCUCCAGUAUCGAGCUGAAGACACUCAUGUGAAGCAUCCAGCAGACUACAGAGAUAUUGUUUUGUUCUCCUUUAAAAAGAAAAAUAUUUUUAGUAAAAAUAAGAUCCAGUUAUGUAUUUCAACUAGCACUUGGUCCAGUAGCUUUUCCCUUGAUACUGUAGGAAGCUACGGAUGUGUCAGGUGUUCAGCCAAUAACAUGGACUAUCUGGUUGGAGUUAGCAUCAAAAUGAGCAGUUUUAACCUUACCAGGAUAGUUACCUUCACUCCAUUCUACACAAUAGCAAAUAAAUCUUCUCUGGAACUAGAAGUUGGAGAAAUUGGUCCUAAUGGCUCGCUUCCAACUAAUAAAUGGAAUUAUAUCUCAGCUUCAGAGUGUCUUCCAUUUUGGCCUGAAAGCUCAUCUGGUGAACUUUGUGUAAGAGUAGUUGGCUAUGAAAGCUCAUCCAAACCAUUCCUUUAUAAAGCCCAGGAUAACGGUACUCUGCUGAGGCUGGAAGAAUUGAAUGGGGGCUUACUGGUAGAUGUGAACAUUUCUGAGCAUUCUACUGUCAUAAGCUUCUCGGAUUACCAUGAGGGAGCUGCUCCAGCUCUCAUUGUUAACCAUACUCCAUGGGACUCUCUCAGAUAUAAGCAGAGUGGCUUACAAGAGGAAAUGGAGUUGAAACCAAACCAAGUAUGCCUGUUUGCAUGGACAGAUCCAACUAAAACAAGGAAAUUGACUUGGGGCUACUCGCAAAAUUUUGGUGAACAUGACCUACUUAAGGAUGAAUGUGGCCAAUUCCCUUACAAUGCAAAUACUCAAAUACACUGGGUGUCUUUCCUGGAUGGACGCCAACGAGUGCUACUUUUCACAGAUGACGUUGCAUUAGUUUCUAAAGCACGACAAGCAGAGGAGCUGGAGCAACCUGAUCAAGAAAUAAACUUGUCAAUCCAUAGUCUUGGACUUUCUCUUGUUAACAAUGAAAAUAAAAAAGAAAUCUCUUAUAUAGGAAUUACUAGUUCUGGUGUUGUUUGGGAAUUCAAACCGAGGCAAAAGUGGAAACCAUUUAAUCAAAAGCAAAUUAACCUGUUGGAACAAGCCUAUCAAAAGUAUCUUUCUAAGAGUGCUUUCCAAGCUCCAGGCUGGCAUAAACUAGAUGGCAAUACUGAGGUGAAUUUUAGUAAGGUUCCAAUGGAAAUGCGUCUCCCAGUCAGAUGCAACAUCCGACGCAACUUCCUGUCAGGAAUUCAGGUUGAAUUCAAACAGUCACCUCACCAAAGAAGCUUACGGGCUCAAUUGUAUUGGCUGCAGGUUGAUAAUCAGUUACCAGGAUCGAUGUUUCCUGUUGUAUUUCACCCUGUAGCCCCUCCCAAGUCGAUUGCUUUGGAUUCAGAACCUAAACCCUUCAUUGACAUCAGCAUUAUCACUAGAUUCAACGAAUACAGCAAAGUACUGCAGUUCAAAUACUUCAUGGUUCUAAUCCAGGAAAUGGCACUGAAAAUUGAUCAAGGAUUUUUAGGAGCACUUAGUGAACUUUUCACUCCAUCUACAGACCCAGAAGCUGAAAGACAAAGGACUAAAUUAAUUCAACAAGAUGUGGAUGCACUUAACACUGAGCUAAUGGAGGCUUCCCUAACAGACCUGUCAAUGCUCAGCUUCUUUGAGCAUUUUCAUAUUUCUCCAAUUAAGUUGCAUUUGAGUCUAUCUCUGGCUUCUGGUGGAGAAGCAUCAGAUAAGGGGGAAGAAAUGAUAGCUAUCCAUUCUCUGAAUUUGCUGUUGAAGAGUAUUGGAGCUACUCUAACAGAUGUGGAUGAUCUUAUUUUCAAACUUGGUUUCUUUGAAAUUAAAUAUCAGUUCUACAAGAGAGACCAACUGAUGAAGAGAGCUGUUAGACAUUAUAGUGAACAACUCCUGAAACAGAUGUAUGUUCUUGUGCUUGGGUUAGAUGUUCUCGGAAAUCCGUUUGGCUUAAUCAGAGGCUUGUCUGAGGGAGUUGAAGCUUUCUUCUAUGAGCCGUUCCAGGGGGCUGUUCAAGGACCUGAAGAAUUUGCUGAGGGCUUUGUAAUUGGUGUCAAAAGUCUUCUUGGACACACAGUGGGUGGUGCAGCAGGGGUGGUGUCUAGGAUCACUGGUUCUGUUGGAAAAGGCUUGGCUGCCAUUACUAUGGAUAAAGAAUUUCAGCAGAAACGGAGAGAGGAAAUGGGUCGGCAGCCAAAAGACUUUGGUGACAGCCUGGCCAAAGGAGGAAAAGGCUUGUUACGGGGUGUUGUUGGAGGUGUGACGGGCAUAAUCACGAAACCUGUGGAAGGGGCUAAAAAAGAAGGUGCAGCUGGAUUUUUUAAAGGAAUUGGAAAGGGGCUUGUAGGAGUGGUGGCCCGCCCAACUGGUGGCAUCGUAGAUAUGGCAAGCAGUACCUUCCAGGGAAUUCAAAGGGUGGCAGAAUCAACUGAAGAAGUAUCUAAUCUCCGUCCUCCACGUUUCAUUCACGAAGAUGGCAUCAUCCGACCAUACGAUAGGGUGGAAGCUGAGGGUUAUGAUUUAUUUGAGCAAGAACUGGAAUAACGGAGUAACAUUUUCCAUAUUUCUUCUCUAUUUCUAUCACGGUCUUUUAUCUGCCUUAAGUAUUUAGAUUAAGGGCAUGAUUGCAUUUAAAUGUCCUCUCCCCAUCUUUUCUGUGUAGCAGUUGAAUAAAACAGUAGUUCGUGUUGCCCAGGCUAAGAAAACAAACUAACUAACUUGAAUAACCAUCUUCAGUAAGAUUAGAUCAAUGAAUAAGAUGAGAAAGACGGGGAGGGUUUGUUUCCUGUAUAUUUGUUUUUCUGAGGAUGCUUAGCUCCUUAUUAAUGGCAACAACAGAAAGCACUUGUGGGGGGGCGGGCGUUGAAAUUCAUGGUAGGGCAGAUACUGAGUUCAUUCAUUCAUUAACGUUCUCUUAGAGCUGGGGCUGUGGAUGAAGGGAGAAAGCAACAUUUUGAUACUUCUGCAAAAUUUAAAAUAUUGAUAUUGAAUGGAAUUUUCUUCUGUGAAAAUACUUAUUGAUAAUUUCGUGAUACAGAAAUACUGUUUCUGUAUAAAUGCGAAGAGAACUUGUAUUUGUGGUUUCUAUACUUAUAUUUCACUUAUACAUCUGCUGAGCCACUAUCACUUCAGGUUACCACUACUACUACUUUAUGAAAAUUUUGUCAAUUAAAAAAUAUAACUAGUUCAGUUGACCCUGAUCUCAUUCACAGAGUCUUCUGGGGCUUUGCUGUUCAACAUACGUGAACAUACAUGCUGUUCAAACUUUCAGCUGUUAACAUGAAUUUACAUAUAUAUAUAUAAAAAAAUGAAAUUAUAUAUAUUUCUAAAUUAAGUAAUGCUAUAAACUUCAUUUCUAAUACAAUAUCUCAUAAGUUAACAAGCUAAGCUUAACGAGCUGUUCUCAGCAAGCUGCCUAUCAUACAUGGAAAAAAAAAACCAUUGAGCAGAGACAUCUCUGCUGCUAAUGCCUUCUUAGAAUUUAGUGGUCAAUAGUCAGCUGAUUUAAUUUAAAAUUGCUAAAAAAAUAAAACAUUUAGUGAAUUUUUAUUUUAGCUAAUCAAGUGAAAUUAAGUUCUUGUGAUAAGCAAACCAAAUUUCUUCAUGUAAUGAAUACAGGGGUUUGGGUUUUUGUUUGUGUUAUUUUUGAUUUUGUUUGUUUUUUGACUAACUGAUUUUGAUUAUUAUGCUAGAGGUUAGUAUGGGGAAAGUUUUGUUUUCUGAUGUAAAUUACAAGCAAGAGGGGGACAGUGUCUUUACAGGAAAUAGGAUAUUCAACAAGGAAGAUGAGUCAGAAAGUGAGUUUUAUAUGCAUUUACAAAUUUAAUCACAAAUGAACCAACUUGUAGGUACUACUGCUGUUCAUUUUGACCCAACGUUACAAGUAGCUUAACCAGAAUCCUCACCCUCUCGUCUGUUUUAACUAACUUUAAUGCAUGUGUCCCUUUAAAAAAAAUACACGGUUACAAGGUUGAAACCUUGUAAAGUUGCCUUAAGGAAUGGAUGCCUCAAUACUAUCCAGUGGUUGGACAAAAACAUGUUUUGCUUAAAUACUCACUUGUACGUGAAAUAUAGACAAUGGUAGACAUUAGAGCUCAGCUUAGGAGAAGCAUGUAUGUAGGUCUUAAGACAAGCUACUUUUUUCCACCCAGAAGGUGUUUUUUUGGUGCAGAAUGAGGACAGUAGCCAGAUGGAGUAGAUUGGUUCACUUGGGUAAAGUUGUUUACACAUUGCGUUUUCCCAGAAGUGCUGGAUCUAAUGUAUAUGGGCUAUACAGGGAACUGUUCAGUCAAUCCAAAACCUGGAAAGUGAGAUUCGAUGUCUUGCAGGCCAUGUCUCCAGCUCAUGCAGUGAGGCUUAGGAGUACAGAAUGUGUUUUGUUAAACAAAAACACACAGUACGUAUAGCUGGAGAAAUCAAAGAGCAAAUAGGGCAGCUCUAGGAGAACUGCUUUCCAAGGAAUAAGUUCUCAUGAGUUUUAAUCUUUGUAUGAGUGUUUGUAGUUGAUGAUAUUUGCUAGAGCAGGUAAUGAAUGCCUUUGGCCUUGUUAGUCUUUGUCUCUUAAUAUGCAGGUGUUGCUGCCUGCUCUGGUGAGGAGACUGUCUUCUAACCCCAGCACUUAGGGUCUGACAUGAUGCAAUUCAUACAUUAUUCAGUGUCUAUGGCUUUACUUUGUUUCAUUUCAGAGUUAAAGCAUGGAGCUUUAUAAAGAAUGCAGAACGCUUCAUGAAUAAUUAAGACAUGGUGGUGAGACAGUGUGUGGCAGAGAGAAUACUAUGCUAGGUUUCAAGAAGCUGCAGAUUCUAUUUCUGGUUGAGUCACUGUUCUGCUGUGUAAAUUUGCACAGGUUCUUUCAUUUCCAUGUAAAAUAAGAAUGAGCUGAACUUUAAAGUGCUCUAGUAUUCUCAUAAAAAGAGAAGCUUUUGAUAAAGAUGCCUGAAUUUUAAGAGUGUGCAGAUCAUGGAGCAAUUUGCAUCAAGAGCAACCCCCUUUUUGCAUAAUGCUACCACCAUUGUGCUGACAUCUAUCAGGUGUAUUGAGAAUAGCUCUGAGAAAUACUGCAUCUCUUAGGCACAGAGCUCGGUAGGAACCCUUACUUUAGUAAUAUAUUGCCUGUAAAAUGUAAAAAUACUAUCGGGGUUGUUUCUGAAGUCAUGAGAAACAGGCUUUCUCUCGAAAGCUUUGAGUAUACAUAGAGGAACAUGCUUAUGAAUAAAUCUGUUUAAAUAUGUGGCAUGUCUCAUUUCUGCAUAUUCAACAAAAGGAUUCAGAAUAUGGAUUGCAGCCUUUGAAUUGCAGUCUUACAUGGUGGUGGGUUUUGUAAUUCUAGAAUUUGUACUUGUUUUUAAAAUAGCUAUGGUUCUGGUAUAAAACGUGAGUUCGUAUUUUGAUUUUAGUCCUAUGCUGCCAUCUUUCUUCUGAUGUUUUGAAGAGACUUUGAGAUAAGCUAGUCUUUCUGGCAUUUUUCUUCCUUUCAUGUGUGUUUAACGGUUUCAGAAAUUUUUAAGAUGGUCAGAAAGUGUUAUUUUUUUAUAGAAGAUGUGGAACAUAUAUUUUUGGCUGGUGGAAAAUACUGAAUUAAAAUGUUUUUCAAAACAUCACCUCACUAGGGAGCAAAUCCAGGAAAACACUAUGCUAUUGAUUUAAACUCUUGAAUAUUAAUCCACUUUUGAUCUUAAAGGGGUUUUGGGGUCAUUUACAAUGUAUUAUGAUGCUUUAAGACCUUUGUUGAACUUCUUAAAUAUAUGAAAAUAAAAUGCAAAUAUAAAUAAAUAUUGGAGCAUCUUACAGUUGAUUCUAAUGUAGGUUGAGUUGACAAAAGAUCUUUCCAUUUUGGUUGCUUAAACGAUAUAGAGUUCUUAGCCUGCGCGGGUGAUCAUAGACAGAUAAAUGUGGAGUCAAGUUUAGCUUCUCUUAUCAUCUUAUCAGUUUUAUAGAUCCAGCUGUGGAAAUACAGAAGUAAAUGUAUCUUUACAAGGAAUUACUAAAAACAUACUGAAUUUUUAGUCCUUCCUCCUUAAUUUGUUCUCGUUAGUUUGUCAGAAACAACUUGAGAAACUUGCUGUUAUACACGGGCUCAAUUCCACAGUAACAGCCAUAAAAUGAACUGAAGGUCAUCUUAUUUUGUGAUGAAGAACAUCAAACCAGUUUUGGAGUAUCCAGUUGCAGGUACUCUGAGGUGCAUGUGUUCUGCCUCCAGACAGAGCGUGUGUGGCCUUUGUUCUUCCUUAUGUUUCUUCACGUUCCUACACAGGAGCUGCACAUUUUCCAUUAAAACAGAUUGUAUGAUAAAAAAGAUGGUUGUACUGGCUUAGAGAGUACAAAGUUAACAUGCAUGGACAUUAUGCCUAUAUAACUGUCUUUGUUCAUUUUUGCAAAGUAAACAUUAUUUACAAGUGGAAUGUGUAUUUUAUAAAGACCUUUUACACUGAUUUAACAUUCUUAGUGGCAGAAGGAAGAGUAGAUGUUUGAGGUGCACGUACUGUAGAUUGAAUUUCAGCAUCUCAGUUGACUUCUCUGUGGUGAUAGUGGAAAGCUCUUGAUCUUAGCAAUAAAUGGUAAGUUUUAUUUUGUGACGUAGGAAGACUGUAGUAGUUGGACUUUCUGUAAAAUCCUGUGUUGAUGACUGUUGAUGCACAUCCUCUUUCCAACAUUUAUUUCCAAGGUUCAGACAAUAUAUAAUCCAACUGCUCUACUCUUACCAGUAUUGCUGGGUUCUGAACAUUGUCUAGUUGCUUAUGAAUAACUGCACAGAAUUACAACAUCAGUGGCACUUUGAUUUGCAGGUUCAGAGACAUGAGAUGAUUGCAGUAUAGGAAUGUAUGUACUGCAUAUUACAACUAUAAUUAGCUUUGCAGUCCAAAAUAAAUGCAGAACUAGCUUUAAACCUAAUGUGUAUAUUCCUCAUUUCACUGUUUUUCGUGCUAAGAGUUUUCAUCUUUAGAUGUAACAACAUACGGCCUCCUCCCCAAAGAGAACGGUAGGCAUGGGUAUUGUAGGGGCUUCCCAUUAGAGUGUUCUGCUGGUAGCUGGUUUUAGGUAAAUAUGUACAGGGUUAUAACAGAAAACAUGUAUUUAAUUCUAGCAGACUGCUUCUGUCCUGAAAACUAACAUUCAUUCAACUGAGUAACUCAACUACCUUUACCUGUAACACAUAGUUAAUGUGUUGUUAAUCAAGCAGGGGGCUAAGUAGGACGAACAGAAACAGAUUGCCUGCUUUCUGACAAAUUCAUAGCAGGAGAACCAGUAGUUGGCACAGAUUUAUUCUCAUAACUAGUUUCGGGUUGGCUUCCCUUUGGUAUUACAUUAUUCUUUUCACAAUUUUGUCUUUUUGUACAUGAUGUUUUGAUGUGUAUCCACUUCCCAUAAAUACUUUGAUGUGUUGCUCUGUGAAUUUUGUUGCCUUUAAGGCAGUGUUGCUGUGAGCUUGAUUUAGGGAUGACUGUGAGACUGUCUUCCAUGCUGCUUUUUGGAGUUGAUGGAAUAUUGUGAACCUGGUGACAUGCUCUAGAAAAUGUUGUUAUACUUCAGUUAAACAGCAUGUACAGAAUAGGAAAUCUGAAAAAUAUGUUACAAAAAAAUUAAUGAAGAACUCAGGGGGGUGGGGGAGCUAGUAAACACUUCAGUACUUCAUUUUGAAACUUUUUUUAACCUCUGUAUUCAUAGUUUGUCACUUGAGUUGUAGUUGUCUAACAGAAAUGUGUUGAGUAAUUUGAUCUACCCUUUCAUAUACCUUAUUAUUUAGAAUAUUGAAUGGGCACAUUCAAUGCUUCAGAAGCCUGACCUUGAGGUGCCUUGAGUAUUUGUAACUUGAUAGUUAUUUCUAAGGGUCUGGGUCAUGUGCUGCCACUGUCAAAGGUACUGUUGCAGGAUUUUCACUCUUAAACCAAAUCUGCAGCAUGGGGUGUAACAGAAUGAGCAUUACUAAACAAUUAUUAGCACAGAAAGGAAAUUAAAGCUGAAGAAAUAGUAUGAUACUGCAGUGUCAGUGUUCCACCUCUUGAGUGGAACAGAUCAGACCUUUCAGUGUCUCAGCUUCAGGAGUGAGAACACUGUGAGAACCUGCCUUUAAAGCACUAGUUCAACAAGGUAACUUUUUAAAAGGCUUUUGAAUUGAAAAACACUGCUUUGAGGUUUUUUUUCUUUUUACAGCCCCAAAAUUACUUCCUAUUUCUU